CCGACGUCGCGACCUCUACACCCCGCGCGCAAAUCGCACCACGAAUUGAGCCCAUCGCGUCGCUUCGAAACAUUCACGGGGCACCGCUCUACGUCUAGAAUUUGAAUUCCGCGCGUGAAAACUGUGUGCACUGUGCACAACAUAAUAAUAAUAAUAUUAUCGUCGUGAAACAGAUAAUAAUUAAUAAUAAUAUUUACGACUAGUGAUUAUUUAAUAUACAGACGCGAGUCUGCUCUUGUCGCAUCUCGACACCCGCCACCGAGCUGCUGCCGCCACGGCUGUUAUUGUCAUGCACCCGCAACCGCGGCGACUCGCCCCUCUGUCGGUGGCGCUGUCGCUGGUCGCGGCGAUGUUGGCCGGUCGCGCCAGCCCGGCCACGUCGCUCAAGUGCGACGGUGGCGGCGAAGUCAACUUCGAACUGCUCACCGGGUACGCGGCCAGUCCGGCGGCUAAGCACGCGAUGCGCGAGCAGUUGGCCCUGUUCACAUUGCCGCAGUGCAUAGACGCCUGCAAGUCUGAUGACCAAUGCGCCGCCGUCACGUACGAGACCGGCGCCUGCGUGUCGUACGCCGACGUGCCACAGAAGAACGCCAACGCGGAUUUUCCGUUGAAACGAUCGCAUUACCCAACGCACACUUCGACGGUUGCUCGUAAAAUAUGUGUCCGAACACCGAAGUCGUGUAACCAACGGUCGUGGAGUUUUGAUACAAUUCACGGGGAACUGAAAGUCACAUCCAAACUACAUUUCAAAUCUAUUUCACGGUCUGGUUGUAUGGACAAGUGUUUGAAUGAGAAGAGCUUUCAAUGCAGGUCUGUCAACUUCAACAAGGAGACUGGUGAUUGCUACAUGAACGACGUAGACCGAUUCACCGUAUCCGGGCGUCCUCCAAUCAGCAAUCGAUCGGCUGACUUCGUGGACUACAUGGAGUCGAACUGCGUGGUCGAGCAACCAAAGAUGUGUGAUUUCGUGGAAGUUGGAGGCAAGCUCCUGAGAACUGUGGACGCUAUCUACGAGAACGUGGCCACCGCAGAUCGGUGCAAGGAGAUAUGCUUGGCGUCCAAGGAAUUCCAAUGCCGUUCAUUCGACUACAACGAGACGGGCGUUAACGUGUGCCGCGUCUCGCACCACAGCACGUCCAGCCUGUCGCAACAGCAGCUGGACCACCGCCCUUACAUGACAGUGGCCGGUGCCACCACUUAUCAAAUGUCGUCAUGCUUCAGCGUGAAGAUAGAUUGUCGCGGCGCAGACAUGGUCGCAUCCGUACAUACUAACCGGCUGUUUGAUGGCAAAGUGUACGCCAAGAAUCGGCCGAGUUCUUGCGUUAAUGACGUGAAGAGCACACUGGAUUUUGACCUCCGGUUAGACUACCACAGCCCGAACUGCGACGUUCGUCAGGAUCAACCAGGAAAGUUUUUCACUGAAAUAAUUAUCCAGCACCACGACCAGAUCGUCACGGGUCAGGAUAUCGGACUUUCAGUGCGAUGCUCGUAUGACCUGCAGAAUCGAAGCGUGGGCCAGGGCAUCGAGCUGGCGAUUGCACCGGCCACAGAACCUGGUGACGACGUGGUCGAAUCGGACGCGCCCGAUAAAAACGGUGGUGGUGGAUUUGAGGGCAACGGUGUGGAGGAGACGGCGUUCGUAAUUUCACCCACAGUGAUGAUGAGGAUUACGAACAGGGCGGGCGGUGACAUACACGCCGCGCAGGUGGGUGAUCCGCUUAGUCUCCGAUUCCAUAUACUCGACGACCGUUCGCCGUAUGAGAUAUUCGUCCGAGAACUGAUUGCCCUGGAUGGUGUGGACACUAGCGAGAUACUCCUUAUCGAUGGCGAUGGUUGUCCCACGGACCCGACCAUUAUGGGACCAAUAUCGGCAGUGGACACAGGUGGCGGUGGCACCGUCAAAAUUCUGGAGGCACCAUUUGAYGCGUUCAAGUUCCCCACCUCUGAUAUCGUACAGUUCAAAGCACUGGUUACGCCCUGUUUGCCAAAGUGUGAGCCCAUCAAUUGUAAUGUGGUUGGCCACAAUGGUGCGGUUCGUCGGGCCGACUCUUUUGGAAGACGGCGCCGGAGACGUAGCGUUGGCGGUGGCAACCAAACCGACGAAGUGGUCUUCCAGGAGAUCCGCAUCGAGGAUAAAUUUAAAUUCGAAGCCCAACGGGGUGAGCCUGGCCACGAGAUCAACUUCUCGGGCAACAGCGGCGGCACAUUCACAUCAACCACUAGUACGGGCGACCAGAAUACCUUAUACUGGAACACGUACGCGUUUGCACUGGUGCUGGUCGCGUUUGUCGUGGUCCAGCUGUUCGUCAUAUUCGCAUGUUGGCUGUGCGCCACGUACAGGUCGCGGAGCAACCGUGAGGCCGCCUCUAUAUACGAAUCGGCCGUCAGCGAGUAUGCUUCCACCAUUCGUACACCAAUAUCUUGGGACAACAGUUAUUAUAAAUGAUUAUCGGGAGAUAUCAAUCACCGAUUAAAGAAUACUACAAUGUAUAAUUUAUUAUAACCUAGAUACCUAUUGUGUACACAUUGAGGCUGUCUGUGACCGAAAACCCAUUCACAUAAUGUAGGUUACGUAAUAUUAUUAUAAUAUAUCGAUGUAAAUUAAAUUAAACUGMAAUCGCAGAACAAUAACGAUGUAGUAUUGGGUAGUAUAUAGUGUCGGUGAUAGGGUCGUAUGGAGGUUACGAUCUAUACCGCACGGAAAUGGCUAAGUUUGUCGCCUUUAUAAAAUAUUUGGCAUAUUACAUAUUAUAAUAUAUUAUAAGAGGUUCCGUGGUUAAAAUAUUUAGGAAUUUUAUCGGUGGUUGAUCUGAUACCGAUAGGUACUUAAUUUAUAUUAAAUUACUUAUUAGGUAAUACAUUGUAUGAUAUUUUUGAAUUAUUUUAUGGGGGUGAUUAAUGUAUUUAUCCUACCUAUUUAAUUUUCUUGAAUAUACCAACAAGAACGCCACAAGUCCAUUAAUUGUUUGUUAAAAAUAUUUAGUUUAAAGUCCUACUUAAAAACUCAUAAAAAGACUAGAUKUUUGGCAGUGCAAACCUUAUUUUUACGUUUUGAAACUUAAACAACCUUUUUAUCGUUUAUGUGAAAAAAUAAUAAUCCAAUUGCUCAGUCAAAGUUUUCCUCUUUAGGUUAUUUUUAUCUUACUAUUUAGAACUAUAAUCUAAAAUGACUAUUUAAUAUUUAAAAUAUUACGUCAUUGCAAUAUCUACAAUAAUGCUAUAAAUUCUAAGCAUUUUCAUGAUAGGUACAUURCAUACUGUAUUAAGCGUGCUUGAUAUUAUAAUUCAUUAUUAAAAAAAAGUUUAGAUAAAUAUUUUUGUAAUAUCUACUACCAAUAAAAUCGAGUUCAAGAAAAUCACAUUAAUAUACUUUCAUUAAACUUUAAUAUGCUUACUUAAUAUUUAGGUAUUAUUUUAACCCACCACUUUAAAUGUUAUGAAAUAAAGCCACAAUCAACAGUUAUGUAUAAUCCCUAAACUACAACUGUUGGUAGGUUAAGGUUUAGUUUAUAUGUAUAUGUAUAUAUAUUAUAAUUACUUAUACCUAAAAUGUAUUUAAACCUUAAAUGUAUUCGAUCUCGAAACAGUAUACCAUUGAAGACAAAAUUGUGUAAUUUUAGAUACUUAAAUACGGAAUUGUAAUACUUUGUUUUAGAGAUACUAAGACAAUAAUUGAUAAAUUGUUCAUACAAAUCUUUUAAUAGAUCUU